AAGACCUUUAACAAUGACCAGGAUGACAUGAGUUUAGAUUAACUUUAUGUACUUUAACAAUGGGAGGGUGUUGGAAAAGGUUCUGAUUUACAAUGAAGAUUCUUAUUUACUGCUUGAUUGGUAAAGACACAAAGAUGCAAGAGUGAAGAUGGGGGACUGGAACUUUCUCGGUGGGAUUUUGGAGGAGGUGCACAUCCACUCCACCAUGGUGGGGAAGAUAUGGCUGACCAUCCUCUUCAUCUUCCGCAUGCUAGUGCUAGGAGUAGCGGCAGAGGACGUAUGGAACGAUGAACAGGCUGAUUUUAUCUGCAAUACCGAGCAGCCUGGUUGCCGCAACGUGUGCUAUGACAAAGCAUUUCCCAUUUCCCUUAUCCGCUACUGGGUGCUGCAGGUAAUUUUUGUAUCUUCACCCUCGCUGGUGUAUAUGGGCCAUGCCCUCUACCGUCUCAGAGCCCUUGAGAAAGAACGUCAGCGCAAAAAAAUGGCACUGAGACGUGAACUUGAGGGAGUGGACAUGGAGAUGGUAGAGGUACGGCGCAAGAUUGAACGUGAGCUUCGGCAGAUUGACCAGGGGAAGCUAAACAAAGCUCCACUGCGAGGGUCCCUGUUGCGCACCUAUGUGGCUCACAUAGUCACCCGCUCUGCAGUAGAGGUGGGAUUCAUGACAGGACAAUAUGUUCUCUAUGGCUUCCAACUAAAUCCGCUAUACAAAUGUGAGCGGGAGCCCUGUCCAAAUGCGGUGGAUUGCUUUGUGUCUCGACCCACUGAGAAAAGUGUCUUCAUGGUGUUUAUGCAAUGCAUAGCUGCCAUCUCAUUAUUUCUCAAUAUUUUGGAGAUCAUGCACCUUGGCUACAAGAAGCUGAAGAAGGCCAUCUUAAACUUUUACCCACAGUUUAGGGAUGAUAUUGAUGACAGCUACUAUCCCAACAAAUUGAAGAAAGAUUCUGUGGUGCAUCAGACAUGCAUUGGGACCUCCACUGGCCACAAAGACACAAUUGCAUCAGCACCCAGCGGCUACAACCUCUUGCUGGAUAAACCACCUGAUGGAUCUGGCUACCCUCCUUUGAUUAACCCAUCCUCCAGUUUCUUGCCUGUUCAGGGUGAUAUGCCAACUAAAAAUGGCUCUGAUGCACCAAAGUACUCACAGCACAGCCCCACUGAGCACAACAGCAAUUCUAACAAUACUAGCAGUGACACACGCUCGCCACCUUGUGACUCUAUCACACCACCAAAGCAAGAGGAGGGUGACGAUUCUGCCCACAUACCUCCACAUAAUAAAGAGCUGGAGUCCAAGACUUCCAACUCCUCAAGCCACCCAAGGGAUUCUUCUCACACAUCAUCUGGUGUGGGAAAGAAGCCAUGGAAAGUCAGUGCACCCUGGAAUUGCUCGACAGUUGUUGAAGGUAACGUCUCAGACUCUGAUUCUUUGGAAGGCGCAAAAGCCAGCUGUCCAUAUGCAACUGUGCGGGCACGUACGUCCUCCAGGUCCGACCCCAGAAGAAGUAGGCCCACCACUCCUGAUUCAAUCGAAGAAUCCAGCUCAGAGUCCCGGCAUAGUCCACAACGAUUGUCACCAAGCCGUCGCACCUCAUUGGCUAGCAGUGCCAGUAGCAGACGGGCAGCUCCCACAGACUUACAGAUAUGACAACAACUUUAAGUCUAUUCACAAUUAAAGAUUAUUUAUUAAAUUACCUACAUUUCAGGAUAUUCACAUUACAUUUUUUGGCAAGGCUUUUUUUAUAUUUUUGGACAUUUCCUUUAAAUAAUUCAUAUUUUGAAUAAUGCUGUUAAUGUCUAUAAAGCUCAGAUGUUAAAGUUUUACCAUUAUUUAAAUUGAGGACAGAAAGACAGAAAACUCAAAAGCGCAUUUUCCAUAUUACAUCAGUUGACUCCUUUAACGGAGUGUCAACUGAUGUAAUAAAUAUAUUGUUGUUGAUUUCUUUACAUAUCAAUUUAAGAACAAUUAGCAAUAUAUUUCAAUAAAGAACAGAAUGACUGUAAAAUAGAGAACAACCUGUUCAAUAGAUCUUCAGUUUCAUUAUUUACAAAAUUUUAACAGCUGUAACACUUUCAAAAAUGAUUUGUUACAGGUACAAAACUGGUCACAACAAUUACAAUGCAGUCAUGCCAAAUUUUAGAUACUUCUCUGAAAAUCCAAAGCAACUUACUGUACAUUCAAUGUAUACAUUUUAUCAUUUUUUAUGUUCCCAGGGAAUCAAACCGAUGAUCUUGGCAUAGAGAGUUAGAAUCAUGCUCUACCAACUGAGCUAUAGGAAACCAUUUUCCCAUUUUUGGACAAUCAUCAUGUCUAAACAAGGUUGCAACAGUGGGAAUAUAUAAAGUCUCAGAAAGAUAUAUGUAAAUAUAUAGUAGAAUACAUUUUUGUUUUUUUGCUAGCAAGAUAUGAGUGGGCAACUGGGUAAUCUUUAAUGAUCAUGCACUUUUUACCAACAGGAUGAAGUUGGCUUAGUAACUACCACUGCUGGUCCAAGUUAUACGUUUGUGAGAUGUUCCGGAUGGAAGAUGGCUAAUAGAAAGUUUAGGCCUGAAUGGAACUUUUUAUUACAUUACUAAAUCCAAAUAUACAUGCUUGUGUUUAUUACUGUUUUUUUUUUUUUUGUCUGUACAUCAAGGUCUGAUGCCAUUAAUGUCAGCUUAAAAUGCUGUCAUCUCUCGUUACAUGUCACACUAUGGCUUUAAACUAUUUUUCAUACAUUCGUAGAACAAUUUUGAUAAACAAAACAUGUUACUUUGUAUUAAAAGGGGACCAAGCAUUCUCUUUAAUUUAACAAUCUCAUGUUUCCCUCAAUUUGAACAACAGUUCUGGUGUAGUUAUGGGAGCUCAAACUAUUUCUAUUUGAAGUUCUCAUAGCACCAUCUACUGGACUGUAGAAUAUAUUUGAAAUCCUCACACUGAAAAUAUGUCUAAGAUAUUAGCUAAUUAAAGUGCUCGAAUUUGAGUGUUAAGAACUGGAUCUAUUUGUCUUGCUGUUUUAAAGAUGAAGAUUUGUGUUAACAACAGAACACAUCAAACGUCCUCUGAACUACAAAAAAUAAAGAGGAGGAUUGUCAGAUUAUUUUUAAUUCCCAUUUUACUUGAAAACGGUCAACUUUGACUAUUUCAAGAUAUCUUAAGAUCGAAUCCCAUAUUUGGUCCUAACCACCAAUA